GGGCGCUGUUUACAUUGUCCGUAAAAUAAAUUUAUCAUCACAUCGCGCAUGCAUAAUCGUGCAGCGCACACAUUCACGAUUCGUACCCGGUACCCGUACAUCCGCAUUGCUGCAUUGAUGAAAGUGGCGUGAUAAGAUUAAUGUCAGUUCGUGAUUUUUUCCUACAAAUACCGUCAAGAUACAGAAGAAAUCUACUGGUAUACAACGCUCUAUUUACCAUGGCUACCUUGGUCAGUUACAUCCAGCCAUCGGAGUGGCAGUUCCAAUGGGUGUGCCACGGGGUAGACGAACAGGUCCCCGGAAGUGGCGGGCAGGAGUGCGCCCUUUUCCUGGGCCCGAUCCAGAGACUCCUAGAGACCAUUCUGGUGCUCUCAGUAUGUGCAAUCGAGAUGUGGCUGACCUGGCCGCGUUUGGAGAUCCCGGCCAGCUUGCUGGAGGCUGUGGAGCGCCACCGCCUGUCGGGCCGCGGAGAGGCGGGCAAGCGCCUGUUGCUCAUCGUGCUGUGUGUUGUUUUCGGCGUGGAACUGGGACUGAAAUGCGCCUCAAAGAGCGUCAUCUACAUGAUGAACCCUUGCCACGUGCUCACGCUUGUUCAGAUAUACCUUUUAGCAGUACCUCCCAGCAGGACGGCGUUAAUAGUUUUCCGAGCCCACAUGUCCGCCCUCAGCGGUCCGUUCCUGGCGAUAAUUUUUCCAGUUCUCAACACCAGAUUGUUAUCUUGUGAAACGGAGCUGUAUUGGGUCCAGCACAUGCUAAUCUAUCUCAUCAUACCACCGUACCUCAUGAGUUUAGGAGGUGCUUAUACAUGUGAGCCACUAUCAAAUUUUUCCUGGGUGAUGUUCAUGACGGGCGCCCAGUUCAUCUACCAUUUUGUACCACUUCAAGGUGUAGCGUUGCUUCUGCACGUCAACCUGAACAACAUGCUCUGUCCUGCGCUGAGCGACCCCUUCCACAGCUCCUGGUAUCGCAUGUUUGCCCUGGUCCACCAACACAUGCUGCUGCCGGUCCACCUGAAACUGUACACCCUGGUGAUGAGGUUGAUACUUCCCGUGUACGCUGAACCCGUCAACGGUGAUGUCAUCAAGAAAUCUCACUGAAAGGGCUUUUUCCAAACUGCGGUUGCGUCCCUGAAAUUUGGCUCUAUAGAUGACAGGCCCUUCACUUCUGGGAUGCAAAAUGUAGCCCUACUUAGGGUCAGGGCCACGCUAUGCUUCGCAUCAAAGCCUAUUAUGUGAUGACAUUCAUUUGAGUGUUUCUGUACAUUGUUGCUUUGAAGGCUUUUUUUAACCGUAAUCUCACAAAAGCUACAAAAUACUACUAGUAGUAAACUGUAGUAUGAAAUACUUCAGCAUAUGAGUGUGCACAGCGCUCAUAGUAUUCUGUAGGUCUCAGUUCUUUAUCCCAAAGUAAUGGCUAGGACGCUAGGGUUAAAAUGAAUCUUGAUCCACAGCUGCAGCCGAACCUCAAGACGAAGCCGCAAUUUGGAAAAUGACCUAUGUGUGCUGCAUUCAGUAUUUUUAUUUACCAAAUUAGCAAUCUCAUUUCAUAGGAAAACCGUAAUCUUCUAGCAAUUAACUUUUUCAUCUGUGUGAGUAACUUAAUUUUUUGUUGUCGUUCAACUGGGCAUUCGUAUACAUUCCACACAAUGAACGAGUCGGUAAACAAGUAAAACUUUACAGUUUGUAGGGUCAGCUUCGGCUGAUUAGUUAUCAUUUUGUUUCAAACCCCACCAGUUCUUGAAUGCCACAGAAAUGCCCCAAAUGUAUAUCACUCAAUCGAAAGUGUUGUAUUUUUUUCCCUUUAAGAAACCUAAGUUAAAAAAACUUCUAUGUAGUCGUACUCUGUUGUCACGUUACUUACCAAAAAAAUUGGACUUACUUUGUAUUUUUUGGGAAUAUUAAGUGUUUUAUUUUUGUUUCGUUACUUUUAAUUGUAUAGUGGA